AUGUGUCGCCCUGAUUUCAAACGUGAGAGCAGAGCUAUUGUAUCACCAUUCUUUCGACCUCCACCUGGACAAGGGUAUGAAAAGAUUAACGCCAUAAAAGACCACACUUAUGAACAGUUUUACGGGAAAGGAAAGAAAAAUCGAAUAAGUCACAAAAAGAGCUUAUCAUCACAUGACAUGAAGUUAACACGAGCAGCACUGUUGCAGGCAACAUCUGCCCAGACCACCGCACUUGUCGCUGCAGCUGAGGCUGCGCGCUCCUCCCUGGAGAUCUCGGAACUAGCACAAAAGGCCCAGGAUAUUUCGGUCAAGAGAGCAUUAUGGGCCUUGCAGACCAUCAAAGUUGCAGCGAAAGCAGAGGAAGUGGCGGUGAACGCCAUUCAGACAAUGUUUAUGUAGCAAAAUGAUUCUUUGAAAUAUCAGUUUCCUUAAAAACAGUAGUCCUGGCCUAUUUUCCAUUUCCACAUCCCCCAUAAUGCACCUUGUUUGCUCCCCAAAAUUUUGCAUAAGCAUUGU